UUAUACCAUAGUCGGUAAGUCGACUAGUACAGGAUUGACCGCUAAUUGGAGUCCGGAGGACCGCUAACGGGAGAGAAAGUGGGAAAGGAGAAGAAAGAAGAACAAAAAAAAAAAAAAAAAAAAAAAAAAAAAAAAUGAAGAACGGCGGCGGUGGGCGGAAGGUGGUGGUUGCCGCCGUACAGUUCGCUUGCUCCGACUCCGAAUCUGAGAACGUCGACCGCGCCGAACGGUUAAUUAGAGAAGCUCAUCAGAAGGGUGCCAACAUUGUUCUUAUUCAGGAACUGUUUGAGGGCUAUUAUUUCUGUCAAGCUCAAAGGGAGGAUUUCUUUAAACGUGCUAAGCCUUACAAAGGGAAUCCUACAAUUUUAAGGAUGCAGACACUUGCAAAGGAGUUGGGUGUUGUGAUUCCUGUGAGUUUCUUCGAGGAAGCAAAUAAUGCUCAUUACAAUUCUGUAGCUAUCAUUGAUGCCGACGGAACGGAUCUUGGAUUAUACAGAAAAUCACAUAUUCCAGAUGGACCAGGAUAUCAAGAGAAAUUCUAUUUCAAUCCAGGUGACACUGGUUUCAAGGUUUUUGCUACCAAGUUUGCGAAAAUUGGAGUUGCAAUUUGCUGGGAUCAAUGGUUUCCAGAAGCUGCUCGCUCGAUGGUUCUUCAAGGUGCAGAAGUAUUGUUAUAUCCUACAGCGAUCGGAUCUGAACCACAGGAUGUAACACUCGACUCUCGUGAGCAUUGGAAGCGCGUGAUGCAAGGCCAUGCUGGGGCUAAUCUGGUUCCAAUUGUGGCUUCUAAUAGGAUUGGAACAGAGACGAUCAAGACAGAGCAUGGUGAUAGUGUGAUAGCUUUCUAUGGGAACUCAUUCAUAGCAGGGCCAGCAGGAGAAAUAGUGGUUCUUGCAAAUGACAAAGAUGAAGACAUUGUAGUAGCUGAGUUCGACCUGGACAAAAUCAAGUAUCAGAGGCACAGUUGGGGCGUAUUUAGGGAUCGGCGACCGGAUUUAUACAAAGUCCUUUUGACUUCGGAUGGCCAAAAGCCUUCUUCCGGUCCUUGAUGGGUCUGAUAUAUAGUGAGUGUGCAACUUAUGUCAAAGAUCAAUCUUAAACUGUCAAAAAUAAGAUCCACCUCUGCUGAACGCAUGGGGAGAAAAAUAUCUCCUCCCUACUCGUGUGACACCACUGGAUUCAUCCAGCUAUGGUGUUGCAUCUUUUGUGACAGAGUGUGUUCCUAGUGACCCAUCGAAAGGGCACAGGUAAAUUGCACAAUUAUACUGAUUUGAGUGAACAAAAUCUUGUGAAGCAUCCGCUGAAAUGUCAUCUUCGGGGGGGAAAAAAUCAAAGGUUGAAGAUUUGGGUAAUCUUUGAAAAAUCGUGUUCCCACUACAUUUACUGAUGCUCACAUGUGCCUUUUCUUACUUUUUUCUGGUAUGGUUCUUUAUGGGUAAAGGCUCGCGAUUCUUGUGAAUCUUGCUUGUUGGGUUUCAGCCGAGUGUCUGCCACAAUGGGUGGUCGAGGACCAAGCAGGUAGGGAGCUUCAAAGGUGAUUAGAUAUAUUGCUAUGUAGAGGGUUCUUUGAUGGGGGUUGUUUAUGAGUCCAUGCCUUUGAUGGGCUUACUUUACCUGCCGUGGAAUCUGAAUCAUGUGAUGUGGUUGUCAUUGUUUGCUGGUCAUUGUUCUUUCAUCAAAGAUAAAUUUGUUUUACUUAAA